AUGGCGGUAUCCGGUUAUUUUAUUUGGUGGUCUCUCUUCUCGGAUUUAGGCGGCCUUGCCGUUUUCCGUGCGGAUAUUGGUGGAAACCGGGUAAUGGAAUCAGUGGGGACAUCGGGGAUCCGUUUCCGGGGCAUUCCGGUUUGGAACACUGCUUCAACAUUCCUACGGCUUUCCGUGGGGAAUCGAUGGGAUAUGGACAGAACGGGUCGGAAUGAGCCGGAAAAGGGCUGCUUUCCUGGUGGAUCCGGUUGGAUCCGGAGGCCGGAACGUUCGUCCUGGUAUCCAAAUGAUCCGAAGAUCACAGAUAAGCCUACAUGA